AUGGCUUCAUUACAAGUACCUAGCCUGGCUCAAUGCAAUCAUCUGAUUGUGGUUUGCUGCCAUGCCAUAUACAGCGGGGGGCCUGAUCAUGGCACCUCUGAAGAUGAAUGGUCAGUCCGCCAAACGAAAUGCCCCGAUGAGGCCCAAAAGAACAGACAAUUGACGAGGCGCAGGAUCAUUGAGCCGUUUCAAAAAGGAGAAACCCCGACUUUCACCGAACAUCUCAAAGCUGGAGUAAAAGCACUAGAAGACGAUCCUUAUGGUUUGUUGGUCCUUUCAGGAGGACCUACCAAGCGGUCUAGGACCGAGCUGAGCGAGGGCCAAUCGUACCUUGACCUAGCCAAAGAUAACAACUACUUUCGUGAUCACUCAGCGCCCUUGUUCGACGCUUCAAGGGUCAUUGCAGAAACCAGAGCCACAGACUCAUACCAAAAUGUAUUGUUCUCGCUCAUCCAAUUCAAAGCACACACAGGGGUCUUUCCAUGGCGAGUCACGGUGGUCACGCACGAAUUUAAACGUGCUCGAUUCAUGGAGUGUCAUUUUCCAGCAGUGGGACUAGUGCCCGUUGGCCCUCAACAAGUAAGAUAUCAGCACAAAGCCGUGGUCAUCGGCAUCAAUCCACCAGAGAGUGUGACACCAUCUGAGAGUCUGACGCGAGGCGAGCUGAUGAACGGGAUCGGUCUUUGGAAAGCAGACCUCUACGGGGUGAACGAGGAUCUAGGAAGCAAACGAAACAAACGAGGCUGGCUCCCUCAUAUGGUGGACCAAUUUUCCAACAUGGAUCUAGAAGACGUGGUACUCGAGCUUCUUCGAUAUGAUGGUGGGAGAGAUUACAAUGAAUGGUUCUCGAAGCGUGAAUAUUUGCCUUGGUCUUAUCUUCAAAAUGAUGGGACCAAACAAAAUUGA